AUUUUCUCAACCUUCACCCAAUACAUCUCUUCUCUAGUUUGAUAGCUGCUUUAAAAUUUUCCCCAUUAAUUUGCUGCUGAAAAUGUCUCUCUGUGAUAGGAUAGAGGUUGAUGUAGAAACUAACGUUCGUGCUGAAAAGUUUCAUGAGCUUUUCAGUAGCAGUACUCUACCCCAGGUAUCUUGCAUGAGUCCUGCUAAGAUACAAGCUGUUCACCUCCUUAAAGGAGAAUGGGGGAAACCUGGCAGCACAAUCUCUUGGAAUUUUUGUAUGGAUGGAGCCCCUAUGGUCGCCAAGGAGGUGAUAGAAGACAUAGAUAACACAGAACUAUCGACCACCUUCAAAGUGAUUGAAGGAGAUUUAAUGGAGGCUUAUAAGAGUUUCAAAGUCAUCGUUCAAGCUACUCCAAAAGGUCACGGCAGCGUAGUGCAUUGGACACUGAUAUUUGAGAAGCUGAAUGAAAAUAUUCCAGCUCCAACAGCAUUUCUGGACAAAACAGUCGAUUUCACCAAAGAUAUUAAUGCUCACAUGACCCAGGCAAAGGCGUGAUUACAAUAUCUAUUCUCUGCUCUAUAUAUUACUAAUAUAAUAAGUCUGAGUGUUUAUCCUUCUGCAUUCACCACCAGCUUGUUUAUGCACAGGCUCACCAAAUCUAUGUGCGUGUGGGUCUCCGGCUUGACAAUCUGAUGUUGUAUUAUUAAUUAAGGGAUAUCUUGUUGCCAAUGUCUAAGG